AUGCACCCCCGUCGCUUCUCCAAAUCCCUUGGGGUCGUGGGACUGGAGAAAAGCCGGCUGGGCUGCCAAGAGGAGGGUCGAAAAUCGCGCGCCCAGCCGGAGAAGUACGCCGAUCGCUACGGCGCGACGGCCGGAAAGCGUAGGGCGGAAGGUAUGCCGCCGAGAUUGCUUCUCCAACGGGCCAAGAGACUUGGAGAACCCCCGCAGGCGCAGCUGCAGCCCGGAGUUGAGCGGGCUCAGCCGUCAGCCUCAGGGUCCAAGAAAGUAUUUUUCAGGCCUUAG